UCAUACUGUGAAGCUUUUUAUAGUCCAUAAUCUGGCACCUAAUCGAAGCUGUAAGGUCUCUUAAUUGCGAUCUCCUGAGAGGUGAAUAGUCAAAUUACUUUGGUUCAAAACAGAUAUUUUAUUAACUUUAAAAAUAAUUCAAUUAAUAAAUCGAAAUUAUAUUGCUAUGAUUUCUAAGAAGGUCAGAAUUCUAUAUUAUCUAUUUUGCUUUUCUUAUUUGAAAUAUUGUCUUUUAUAAUAAUAAAGAAAAAGAUAGAUGCUUGGGCUAUCUUUGACUCACGCUUGUUUGUAUUUGGAGGAUUGAACUCUUCGUUAUUGAUUAUUUGCACGUUUAUUAUGAUGAUUAGAAUUAUCUUUAAAUAGUUAACAAUUACGUUAGUAAUUAUUUCACAAAUUAUUAAGCAAUUGUUUCAAAGGUGCCAUGUUCAUGGCAUAUUUAUCUUCGCCAGAGAUUAGAUAAACUGAUAUAUAAAUUUACGCGUUCAAUGAGUAUUGUAUUUGCUAUUGUAUGUAGCCUACGUAUUAUAUUUAUCGUAGAGUAGAAAAAGAAGUAAAAUGAGUUUUAUUAAUAAAGUAGUGCUAGUGACAGGCGCCGCAUCGGGAAUCGGAGAAGCUAUAGCUUUGAAAUUUGCAAAACUGUCAGCAAGAUUAGCUUUGAUCGACAAAAAUGAAGCUUUACUAAAGAAAUCAGCUGAUAAUUGUGAAAAAUUGAGUAAAACUAAGGUGUUUAGAGUUGCAGUUGAUCUGUGUAAAGACGAAAAUGUAGAAUACAUGAUUGAAUUAACUUUAAAAGAAUUUGGAAAAAUAGACGUGGUUGUUAAUUGUGCUGGAGCUUAUAGAGAUCUAAGUAUACUAGACCCUAAUGUGAUUCAAGUUUAUGACGAAAUGAUAGCUGUCAACUUAAGAGCUUUGGUUUCAGUGACUACAGCAGCUACGCCUGCUUUAGUUAAAAGUAAAGGAUGUGUUGUCAAUAUUUCUAGUGUAGACGCUGCUGUAAUUCUUCCGAAUUCUUUAAUGUAUAGCGUUUCGAAGUCAGGUGUAAAUCAUUUCACUAAAAGUGCAGCGUUGGAAUUAGCAUCCUACGGUGUAAGAGUGAACUCAGUAUUACCGGGUGCCGUGAAGACAAAUUUACUUUUGAAUUCCCAUCACGUAGUAACUCAAGAAGAAAAUGAAAAAAAAUGGAAGUUAUAUCAAGAAAUGUCUGCACUGAAACGCUUGAUUAAACCAGAAGAGUGUUCUGAUCUCGUUUCAUUUUUGGCUAGCGAGAAAGCGAUUGGAAUAACUGGAGCAAAUUUUUUAAUAGAUUCAGGACUAGCACUGCAACCUUAAGUUUAAACUACCAAAUCAAUUGAAUCAUAUGUAUAUAUUUAUUUGUUUUUUCUGUUGAAUAAUUUAAUUAGACGUUUGACUGUGAUUUUUUGAUGAUAAAAGCAAUUUAAGGAAAUGCUUUUCAUCACGUUAAGUAUUUGUAUCAAUUUGUGCCUAAUUAAGAAAAAAAAAUAGAAUAUACGAAUUAUUAAAUAUCAACCUUCUUUUUAAUCAUAAGAAGGACAACCAUCUUAACACUCUGAAUCACAAGGUGUUCGGUUGGUCUUAAUCAACGAAGGAUUGUUCCAAUCUAGGCCCCUCGGCGUAUUAUCGAUUGUCGCCCAGCAGGGUGCACGACAAAAGAAUCCCAUUUUAAAUAAAUCGCACGAGACCGCGUUGCGCCGAGAAAUUAGGCGUCGCGUCUCCCGCCGCGAAAACUCGUCGUAAAUAAAUGUCGCGAUCGGCCUCGAGCUUCGUUGCAACGGCUACACUUAAAAACAAUUUCUUGUUAUACACUCGUUUAAGGAUUUAAUUACUUGAAUCGCCGAUGGCUUAUCCCCCUCUACCUCCUGUCGCUUCGAUCGCCCGCACUCUUCACACGUGAUCGUAAAUCCUCACUUCGUUAAUGACCCAAACGCUGUUUCGCGAUGAAUUACCGUUUAGUCUUGUUGACUUUUUUCCGAAAUAUGUUUCUGAUUUUAGUGAGCGUGGGCUUAGCAUAAUGGCCUGUAACUCUUAAGUGGCUUUUCGAGUUCAUCGCGAUUUAUGUUUCAAUAGGAUGAAACAUUGUAUUUAAUAUCUGCUCUUAUCUUCAUGCACAUCGUAUAAAAAGCGUCAUCUCUGAUGCUUUUUUUAUUGUUGUGCUAUUAUUCGUUUUUACAUUGUUAUAUGUAUAUUUUUUUAAUGAAGUUUUGCUUACUUUUCGUUUUACAUAUUUUAAAUAAACAUUGACUGCGGCAUUUGAUGGAAUUGUAUAAAUAAUACUAUAGUUAUCAAAUAGUUAUAAUCUGUCAUACCUUUUCGUUACCGAAAGUGGUUAAUAUUACGUGUUAUCUAUAUUGUUAUUAAGUCUUCUUUUACAUUAAUACCACUUAGGCAGUCGCACACGCCCAUAAAGAUGUGUAGUGUCGCGAACAAGUGAGCUUCGACAACGGGCGGGUCAUAGUAUCCGGAUCAGAUUCCCUUGACUAGAAGUCUUCUCCGCAACUGCGCCUCCUCACAAUGCAGUCGGUACGCCAUUUGUAAACAUGAUACUUCCGCUACAACGUAAAAGCUCUCUCGCAUGUGAUUGCGGCCCCUUUACUUUAAUCAAAUGGCUGCGACAAAGGAUUGAAAAGAACGCUCCUCGAUUUCGUACAAGCGAUCGGGUAUUGGCUGCAGAAUUCCUUUUACGGAUUGCCGACAUUUUUUUGCGAAUGCCUCAGUGAAAUAGGAAGAUUUCUCGUGUAUGUAGUCGAAUUAUCGCUUUAAUUUCGUGUAACUUCCCACGAAUGCUGGUGCACAGUACGCCGCCGAUAUUUGUUUGAAUGUGUUGACAAGUGGAAGAACACUUAAAUGAGUAAACGCUACAAAUAAAUUGUAAAUUAUUUCAGUUGUAAAUUGGUAGGAAAUAAGCCUGUUUGUGGAUUGAAGCUUCAUAAGUAUUUCUUAUUUUAUAAAUCAUGUUCUAGUUCGUUCCUUUCAGGCAAAUAGACGCAUUUUGACCUUUUAUAUUAAAAUUAUCGCUACAGUAGUUUUUGAAACAUAAAUAUAUCUCGUUGAUGUGUUUAAAAAUUUGAUAAAAUCACUAGAUUUGUACAGAGCAAUGUUAAA